AUGAGCGAUGCUGAGAAUCUGGGUCAACGAGGAAGAAACCAGUACUGCAGCAAGUUACGUAAGAAUCGUGCCUCACACAAAAACAGCAAUAACAGUGGUAACAGCAACGUCAGUAGUUACAACUGCAACUAUAACAAUAAACAAAGAUAUAACGAUAACAAGGAAAACAACAGUAGUACGAAUAUCUAUAACAUUAACAACAACAAUAACAGGAACAGCAGCAGCAACGACAAUAUCAGUAGUGACAACUACAACUAUAACAAUAACAAGAAAAGUAACAACAGCAGCAACAUCAAUAAAUGCUCGCGGAGAGUGUGGGAGCUGCAACAGGCUGGCGAGAAGUCCGUCACUCUGCACUGUGCACCGAAUGGCAAUUAUGAGCCCUUGCAGUGUGAAGACGGCUGGUGUUAUUGCAUUGACCCUGCAACGGCCACGCCCUACGGAUCCCGACUUCCCGAGGGCGUGAUGGACCGCUUGGAUUGCUACAACAAGACCCUGGUUGGAGCGCAGUACCUGAGGCGAUGUGAGAGCGAAUACCACGCCCACAUGGAGCUCUAUGACCUAAUGGAGUUCAAAGGCGUGCAGGGGCCUUCGACGCUCCUGGAGUGUGACGCAGAUGGAUCCUACUCAGGGAAGCAGUGCGAAAAAGGCAGUUGCAGAUGCUACGACAAGUAUAAGAACAUCAUUGCAGGUCUAGCAGGAUCAGGAUGCCAGUGCGCACGAGAUCUCUGGAUGAACCAACAGAUGAACAUCAACAUCGAAAUCUCUUGCCAAGUGGAUUCCGGCAGUUACAAGAGCAUCCAAACCCGCGGGCAAUACAGUGUCUUGACGGGGUUCGCGCCGGGCCCCUCAGGUAUACCAAUCAGCCGCAGGGAAGCUAGGAUGCGAAGCGGCGAAGAAAUGCCAAAAUGGAAGCAAACAAAGUAACUGCGAUAAUGCAUGCCAGGACUGCUCUCAGGAAGACUAUGUGAAGGCCAACUGACAUAAAGGGGAGGAAAUUAGGUUGGAGCUAAUGUAACGGAUUCUUUGAUUAACAUGAUGGAAAAGAGACCCGUUUAGGUGGGUGGUGUACUGUGCAUGCCUUUAUGUGAAGGAAGACGGGUUAUGAGAGCCUGUUUUCUAACUUAUCUUUAUGGUAACUGUUUAAAUGAAUUUCAAGUGUAUUGUUAUUAUUAUUAUUAUUAUUAUUAUUAUUAUUAUUAUUAUUAUUAUUAUUAUUAUGAUAGUUGGUGAUAGAAUAUAUGUUACUUAAGGGUAAACUUGAUUACAAAAUGAUUUUUUGAAAUAACUUAUCAUUCAAAACAUGGAUGGACUCCAUUAUUUUAGGGAUAAUAAAUUAGGAUUUAAUAUCGCACUUUUCGAAGUUUAUCACCAUGGGAGAUCCUAAAUAACUAUUAAGAUUUGAAAGUAAACUUAAUAGAACAUGUAUGAUUAUUUUUUCUCAUUAUAUACUACCAAUAUGAAACAAAC